AUCAGCUGUCUCGUUGAUUUGAAUGGAACUUCGUAGGGCCGCGAAGUUACCUUUGAAAUUAAUUAAUAAAUUAAAAUGAUAAAUGUGUGUUAAUUCCCCUGGUGGUAUUGUGGAAUGGUGGAACAAAUAGAAGAUGGAAUGACAAAUAUAAACAAAUUCCAGCAUGGGAUCUCAAACUUUGGAAAUUUUAAGGCAAGGUGUAUGGGCUUCUCUAACCGGAGGCUGGUUUUACGAUCCUCACCAGAAUGUAUUUUGUAAUGCUGCCCAUCUUUACAUCUGGUUAGCUUUAUUAUGUUCUCCUUUCGUUUCUUAUUUGUAUUUUUCCAACUCAGUAGUAACAUGGAUUCUUUAUUGUUGUUUUGUGGCAAUUAUAUUCAUCACCCUGAAAACGAUCAAUUUUACUUUGCAUCGCAUGUAUGACACUGCUCAGGGCUUUCCAACUGCUGGACAAAAAUCUAAUGUAGAGGUUAUUCGUAAUGAAGAUGAAGGAAUUGAAUUGCAAGAAUUGGGCUCUAGGGCCGCUGUGGGAGUAACACCACCGGUAGGAUGUUCUUCACGAAAUUCAUUUAUUGAACCAAGAAGUGAUAACAGUAAUGCAGAUAGCCAGGGAUCUUUAGAGAAUAAUCUUGCUGGAACCAUAGAUUUAAAAGUCGAUGUUCACCGCAAAAACAGUUCCGAAUCCAGCGAAGGCGGAUUACAUUUGAAUCGUGGGGACUCGACUGAUGUGGGACAAGUCUCCACUUCAGAAAUAAAUUCAUCAACAGUUCAGCGGCAUCAGAAGCAUCAACGACAUCAACAGCAACAACAAAGACGAGCCUCUACUCAGCCUCCAACUGCAGCUUCGAUUUCUUCAGUGACAGAAACUGGUCAAGUUGGUAGAGUUUGUGCGAGCAGAACGAGUUUAGAGUCACCACCAGCGGAUGCAACUUCAGAGUUCAACAUUAAUUGGGCUUUAAAUCACAGCAGAUUGCAAAGUUUAGCCAGUUUACCUUAUUUAGAAUAUUGCACAAAAUCAUCUCUUCAACUUGCUCCUUCUACUUCCGUCCAAUUAUCCCGUAGACGCCAUUCGAACGUUACAUCUGGAAACCAUAGGUCCACACGUCAUCAAGCGAGUAAUCACAAUUCAUCUCAAAGGAGUGCCAAUUUAAAUAAUAACCAACAAAGAGGGCCAAUAAACGCGGUUCGGAGAAUUAAAAGUGCAGCAUUGGAAACUUGCCCUGCGUCCAGUUCUAUCAGUAACUUGGCAGUACAUCCAAAUAGUGCUGAAGCUCUACUUGUUGGGCAAAAUCCGCCACCGAGUAAGAAGUUAGUGAGAAAUGAUAAUGGGUAUCUGCUUGCUUUGCUGAGGGAUAGUAGUCAACAGAAUUUUACAACAGUGGUUGAUAAUGUUUAUCCAAUUGCUGAGACUGUAGACGAGAAGCAGGUUGAAGAAACUUUGAGACGUUCAAAUGAUGAUGUUUCUGAUGACACAGACAGUGGAUUUAGCAGAGUGGGAUCAGACACAGACUCGGAUGUAUCAAUUAAAGGUGCUCAAAGUGAUGAUUCAGAUACAGAAAAUAAUGGUUCUCAAUCUCCACUCCUAGAUCGAACUAAAACAGAUCAUCAUCAAAUUCUAAGCAAAAAUGUUAGUGGCAAAUCGCAAAGCAGUUGCAAAGCAAAAACAUCUGCUAGCACUGCGGAUUUGAAUGUCAAAUAUAGUUCCAAAAAUCAAACUGAACGUGCAGUUAGUUCGAAAGAUUUGUUACCAAAUAGAGAACCCAGUGGACUUGAAUUACUCUUUCAUAGUGAAAGUGAAUCUAGUAGUGUUAAAGGAAUUGCUGACACUGCAGGAGCAAGUGAUGGAUGUAUUCAGAAAUUGCCGAAAAAUUUAGGAGCUAUACCAAAAGCUACCAGAACUAAUACUCAAGCUGGAGAUGCAGAAACUCGUUUUAGAAGGUACUUAUUACAGAGAUUAUUUGCAAUAUCUUCAUCAUCUCCAAUUUCAUCUGGUACAAUGAUGAGUUCAGUCUCUGGUUCUCAACAGACACCAUCAAUUGAAAAAGCUGAUAAUAAUAAAGAGGACUGUGGAACAUUGCAAAGUGCUUCUUCUCCUAAUGAUGACAAUGAUGAUGUGGAUACUACUAAUGAGGGUGUUGCAAGUAGUAGUGGUUAUAUGAGGCCACGUUUAAAUGCCAUGGAUCGAAAUGCUAGGAACAGAGUAAGAAAGUUAAAACGUAGUACACGAACACCGAGGGUGCGAAAUCCACCACAAGCAACAAGUGCAAUAAAGGUAAUGGCAACAUCCACACCUGAAGAAGCAGGUGUGGAGGGCAGUUCGGAUCCUGCUAGAAAAGUGGAGGUAUGCAUCUCGAAGGCUUUACAUCAAAGAGAUAAUAUGCAUUUUGCUACAUCUUUUGAUGAUACUUCUGAAGGUGCUAUUCACUGUUUUAUGGAUGAAUAUGGCAAAUGGAGAUCAUAUACAUUUAGUAAAACUUCUAGUCCUUCUCAAACAUCAACGUCACUGCAACAACAAAGUCAUCAUUCCAAUAGAAGAAAUGCCAGUCAAGAUGCUGCUUCUAUGAUAACUUCCGCGCUUAUUGCAUCAGGUGAAGGAUCAGCAUCUUUGAACAACGACAUGACAAGCCUAACUAACAAUGGUGGCUCAUCACCUUUAUAUGACGUAUCUGAUAGAUUUACCGCUCCUGGAAUUCGUAUUGGGUCUGGUAUUACAAGGACCAGUAUAGUAGGGAGCACUGGACCUUUAAGUAGUUUAGGAUUAGAGGGUGGAUUUGCUCCUGUUGCUGCAAGAUUUAGAUUUAGAGAAGAUGUAGAAAGUGCAGCAGCUGCUGUUAUAAAACAGCAACAGCAACUAGAGCAACAACAACUGCAACAGCAGCAGAAAAAACGUUAUAAGUUGCAUUUAUGGAAACAUGGUCCAACUUUGCAAAUAACAAUGGAUCGUCUAUUAUUAUUGGCUUUAUUUGACAGAGAUAGCAGUAUAUAUGAGGUUAUUCUUUCAGUAGUUCUUGCCACAUUGUGUUCUAUUUUGGGGUCGCUUGUUUUGCAAGCAGGAUUGUAUUGUGACGCCGGUGCUCUGGCAUUUUGUUUGACUUUAGCUGGAGCUCAGUACUCUUUGCUGAAGAGUGUUCAACCAGAUGCUGCUUCACCUGUACAUGGUUUCAACAAGGCUGCUGCUUAUUCUAGGCCUGUGUAUCUAUGUUUGUGCACUACAAUUGUACUUGUGACGAAUAAAUGGCUCGAAGAGAGGAUUAUGCAAUCUUCUUCUCCAACAACAAACCUCACUAUUUACACAUUUGCUGUGAAUACAGACUCCGUACUUCGCAACACUAGAGACUGCCUUUGCACAUUUAUACUAUUGUUUCCAAUUGCAUUUAGUCUUGGUUUAUUUCCUCAAAUCAACACAUUUGCUGCUUACACAUUAGAACAAACUGAUAUGCAUAUAUUUGGUGGAAAUGCAACUUGCAGCACAUUAGCAGCAUUUUUUGGUGUCUUAAGAUCCAUAUUCGUGGUUCUCCUUUUAGUGGGACCUGCUUAUGCUGGUUUGAUAGAAGCAGGAAGCACUCAACAUAUCUUGUUCUCAAUAUUCUGUGCAUUACUGGUUUCUUUAUCAUAUCAUUUGAGCAGAUGUGCAAGUGAUUAUGCCCAACUGUGGGUUUUGAUUAAAAGGCAUGUAUUGCCAAAUGAGUUCUUUUACACGCCCGUUAUAGCGGCGGCAGAAAAGAAAGUUAGCACAACAGAUGAGAGACGCGAAAGUUCGGAAAGUACGACAUGUGGAGAAAGUUCAGCCGAAACAGAAACGAGAAGGUGUUCAGGACAGGAUAGCAACUUUAUAGAUUUAUCUAAAACGUGCCAAAAAUCUGGAAAUACUCACACACUUGAUCCUAGUACAAAAUCUCAUGGUCCUGGUGCUGUUGGUAAUUCUGAUCAAUCGGAUCCAUUACCAGGAAAACUUUUAGCUACAGUAACAGCAAGAUUAAGAAAUGAUCUUUUAAUUUGCCCUUUGAUAGCUGUUGCUGUGCUGGCCUUACAUUCUAGUACAGUAUUCACUGUUCUUCAGCCUGAUCUUAAUAGAGUGUUAAGAAUAACUGCUGGUUGUGUUGGUUUUAUCUUACAUUAUCUGGUACCGCAGCUUCGGUCACAUCUGCCCUGGUUAUGUGCAUCUCAUCCUAUAUUACGUACCUCACCAGUAAUAAAUCACAGUACUCUGCCUCAUGGGAGGGAUUUGCGGGUCGCUUUGAAUGUUCCAUGGUUCGAACGUGUGGCGGCGCUACUAGCUACAGCGGAAAAAUGCGCUCUGCUGCCGCUGCUUGCAUUAGCGACAUUGACUGCAGACUCGUUAAAAAUUGCUGAUAAGUUUGGUCCUGUGUUGGGAACGUUUUUAGUUGUGAUAUGCGGUUUAAAAUUUCUUCGAUCAUGCUAUUCUGAUCCUGCAAUACAAUUCAAAAUUCUUAUUUUUGCUGAAUUGUUUUUUUCAUUUGAUUGUAAGUCAUGUAGUGAAACAUUUCUUAUUGACUUGCCUUUGGCGACCAUCGGAUACAGAAAACUUAGUGAAUUAUUACUUAAGUUUCAGUUUGUGGUAACAUAUAUAGCUCCAUGGCAAAUUACUUGGGGAUCAGCUUUCCAUGCUUUUGCUCAACCCUUCAGUGUGCCACAUUCAGCAAUGCUUUUCCUGCAGGCAGGCAUCAGUGCUGUGCUUUCAGCUCCUCUUAGUCCAUUUUUAGGAAGUGCAAUUUUUAUAACAUCAUAUGUACGGCCGAUGAAAUUUUGGGAACGUGACUACAAUACAAGACGAGCAGAUCAUUCAAAUACUAGACUAGCUUCACAUUUAGAAAGAGAUCUUGUAGUCUCGGAUGAUAAUAAUUUAAAUAGCAUUUUUUAUGAGCAUUUAACUCGAUCACUUCAACAUUCUUUGGCAGGAGAUCUCGAACUAGGAAAAUGGGGACCAGUAUCUCAGGGAGAUUGUUUUGUUUUAGCAUCAGAUUAUCUUAAUUGUCUUGUGCACAUAAUAGAACUAGGAAAUGGUCUCUGUACUUUUCAAGUGAGAGGUCUUGAGUUUAGAGGGACGUAUUGUCAACAAAGAGAGGUAGAAGCCAUAUCAGAGGGUGUUGAAGAUAACGAUGGUUGCUGUUGCUUUCAGCCUGGCCACUUACCCCACAUGCUAUCAUUAAAUGCUAUGUUCUUUGUGCGCUGGCUUGCUUGGCAUGUGGCAUCUUCACACUAUGUUUUAGAGGGCUAUUCAAUAUCAGAUAAUUCGGCUAUUACAACUCUGCAAGUAUUUGAGUUUCGAAAAGUUCUCAUAACAUAUUAUGUCAAGAGUAUUAUAUACUAUACAACAAUUUCCGAGAAACUUCAAUCUUGGUUAUCUUCAAAAUCACAUGUACAGAAAUCAUUGGAAACCACUUGGAAUAAUAGUAAAUAUGUGGAUGUUGAUCCAGUUUUCAAUCACAAUCUAGAUGAAGAUUAUGAUUUUCGUGCUUCGGGUAUAACUAGAGGAAGUUUUUGCAAUGUUUACAUGGACUGGAUACAAUAUUGUGCAUCUCGUCGUAGUUCAAACCUAGAUGCAUCUCGAUCUUCCCCUCUUGUAUCUUUAGUAUUGGGUCUGUCCAUUCUUGGACGAAGAGCUUUGGGUGCGGUGGCCCAUCAUUCCGUGAGUUCCGUUGAAUUUUUUUUACAUGGGCUACAUGCGUUAUUCAAGGGUGAUUUUCGAGUUACCAGCCCAAGAGAUGAAUGGGUUUUUGCUGAUAUGGACCUGUUACAUACUGUUGUGGCGCCCGCAGUAAGAAUGGCAUUGAAAUUGCAUCAGGAUCAUUUUCUAUCGCCGGACGAGUAUGAAGAUCCUGCUAUUUUAUUUGGUUCUAUGAGUGGCGUAUGCACCAGGCGAGCCGAGCAAGCGCGCGCUCGGCGCGAAGAGGAUCUCAUUACAGGAAAUACGUCUUCCAAUCAACGCCAUUUUCAGAAUUGCGGCGAUGAAGAUUCUCAAUCUGAACUUUCAUCAAAACUUCAACCGGCAUCUUCUCAGAGGCGUUCUAGGUCAUAUUCUCAUCAAAGUUUCCGGCAGCAUCAGUCCAGAGUUUCUAGAAAUAGAAGAUCAGAAGAUAACCGCCAAUCGACGAGUUUGAGUGAAACAUUGGAUCAAGAAAAUGCUUGCGAUGGCACAUGUUCAGCACAAUGCGGAGGACUGGUGAUAUCACAUGAGGCUGAUCCCGCCUGGCGGGCUGCAGUGUUGAGUGGAACUCCGAAUUUACUUGCUUUAAGGCAUGUUAUGGAUGAUGGAGCAGAUGAGUAUCGAGUUAUCCGGCUUCUUAAACGUCAUUUAUCUUUUCGAGUAAUAAAACUAAACCGCGAAUGCGUGCGCGGUUUAUGGGCUGGACAACAGCAAGAAUUAGUCUAUUUGCGUAAUAGAAAUCCAGAAAGAGGGAGCAUUCAGAAUGCUAAGCAGGCCCUCAGGAAUAUCAUUAAUAGUUCAUGUGAUCAGCCAAUAGGCUACCCGAUAUAUGUGUCGCCUCUAACUACGUCCUAUGUGGAUACUCAUGAAGGUAUAACAAGUGUUGUAGGAGGACCGUUUACAGUUUCUACACUUAAACAAACAGUUGUUUCUUUGUGGAGAAGAAUUCGAACAAGAUGUCGGCAAGGCUGUAGUAGCGGCGAGCAAAUAAAUUUGGGCGAGUCCGUUUUAGGAAGCAGCUGUACCGAACGAGCCAACACUCUCACUGGCACCGCAACAUUAGCUAAUACAUUAACGCCUGCUGCACAACAGCAAGGAGCUUUGCAAACUACACCCGUUGGCGGAAAUAUUGGUAUUCCAUUAUCGCCUUAUGGAUCUUCACAAACUAUGGCAUCUGUAACAAAUAAGCCAUCUGGUUCUACAUUGCUAGCCGGUUUUCUUAAUAACAAAAGUUCUAUGAGCGGAACUGAUCAGAAAGAAAAUAUUGGACUCAAUAAUAACAGCACAAACUUCUCAAGAACUGAAAAUAAAGAUCAAAGAGGAGCAUCACUAGAAGGAGACAAUAGUGGUAAUACAGAUUCUGAUGCAAUUGAUAAGGAAAAAACUAGUGAUCGUUUUAAAUAUGUUUCGGACUGGAUUGAACACGAAAGCGUGAAUGUAAGCAAACUUAACAAAGCCGAUCUAGAAUACGCCUAUCAUGUAGCAGGUCGGAUAUCUGAAUUCUUGAGCGUAUUAGAACGAUCAGGAGGAAAUAUCGCUUCUGGGAAUGAAUUCUCGAAUAAUGCUUCUGGACACGAAGGAGGAAAUGUGUCAGGAUUGGGAACAAAUACUUCUAGUAACAGUGCUGAAAAUUCUGGUGCAGUUAUUAGGGAAGCUUUAAAUGGAUUCUAUGAUAGCAUUUUUGCCAGACAGCGUCUAGAACCAAGAAGCAGCAGUACACUACCAGUAGCCGCUUCCCAGUCGGGUCGUGAAAACAUAUUACGCCAAACUGGGGCUUCAUUACCUGCUGUGGUUCGUGCAGCAGUUACAAGAGAUUGCGAACCUGGUGUAGCGGCGUUGUUGAACAAGAUAGAUAGAGAAAGAACUGCUGUUCACAAUAGAAAAAUUAGAAACAAUUCACAAGGCAAUGAAAUCAUAGUUUCUCAUGAUGGUACUGAUAGGCAGAAAAAUUGCAGUGAAGACAUCCAUGAAGAUAAGGAUAGUGAUAGUGAAGCUUCAGAAGAUGACGAACAGGUUGACAUUGUUCCGAGUGGAGUGAUUAAAGAAAUUGAUGUUACUGUGACUAAUAAAGUACAAAGUGCCUCUAGUGAAGAAACUGAGAAUUCUGGUGAUUAUGAUGAAAACCACGGUAGCGGUCAAGAACCAGAGCAAAGCCCUACACACUUGAUUGAUGUAUCUGAAGAACUUGAGAAAGAUGCAGAUUCAAUAAAUACUUUGGCAAGAAUUGUAGAUCCUGCACAGGUUUACGAUUGCUUAGAUUUAGGUCGUCGCAUAGACGUUGUCUGGCCUUGCGAAGAAAUGCGCAAAGCUGGCGGACGUUCUGCUUGGGGCCGAUGGGUGCCUCAGAAAGAUAUGACUGGUACAAUCGUUCAUUACUGGCGGCCUGGUCAUGCCGAUCCUGCACAAAGAUCGCAUUGCGGUAAAGUCAUCGUUUUAUUAAAUAUAGAUGGUCACUAUGUUCCUGUCGCUAAAACUGGAAUAGAAUUAAUUUGAUGUAUCAACUAAAAUUUAUAUUAAAACGCAUCAUUUAUAUUUUACGCCAAACCUUGCAACUACAUUAAUUCAGUUGGCCAAAACUUUAAACAUAUUUCCAAGCAAAUUAUGGUUUUGUUAUUUUAUGUAUAGUUUUUUUUCUCAAAUAUACUAUUUAUG